AUGAACCACGAAGACAAAACCGAAACGGUGUUGGCUUUUGUGACCACUGUCGGCUGUGCAGUUGUGUUGUUCAUGGUGCACAGAAGAAUGACUCCCUGGAGUCCUGACUGGGAAACGGAGUUCAGUGGCGACCGUUCUGCAGAUCUGGAGAUGGGUGCGUCUUCUAGCGCAGCCAAACAGCCGGAGCGCGCUCCACCAGAAUCAACGUCGAUGACGUCUUCGAGCAGAUUGAGCAAGUCGCGAGUUUCACAGACAUCGGCGCUUUUCGACCGAUCUGCUCAGAAUACAGCUAAAUCCUCUUCAUCUGACCGAGGCCGCCGAGAAACAACAAAAUCCUCUUUCACCGGUAUCACCUCCCCAACGGUCAGCACCAGUUCCACUGAUCGACCUAGGAAAUACGCGACUACUAGAUCGAAACCAGUCAGCGAAUUACCUUCCACUUAUACAGGCGAUUCUUCACCUGAAACCAGUGAACGACUUCCUUCAGCUUUUCCAGAGGAGGUUGCAACGCCUCCAGCAUCGGAUGGCGCGCUUGCAGACUCUGGAGUACCAGCACAUAAAGAUGAGUCGGAGCGUUACAGGAGAUCGGCAGAAAGGCGACCUCAAAAGAAUCACAAAGAUGCGAGACUGAGAGAACUGAAAAAAGCUGAAGCUGAUAGAGGGAAGCGUAAGAAGGAAAAUGAGCGUGAGACGAAAACAAAAGGGAAACUUCCGACAAAAGCGCAGGAGGAGAAGAAAGCGCGGGAAAAACAAGGGAAAGUGAUGAAAAAAGAUCGUGAGAGAAAAAGAAAAGUAGAACUUCAGCUGAAAAAAGAAGAUAUGAAGGCACGUGAGAAAAACGUGAAAACAAUGGAAAGAAAAUACGAGAAAAAAUCAAAAGAACUUCAUCCAAAAGUGCAGGAGAGGAAGAAGGCUGCACGAGAGGAACACGUCAAGCAUGAGAAAGCAAAACCGUUGAAAGGCAAGGAGAGACCGACGAUGCCAAAGCAGGUGCUUAAAAAAGCGCGUCAGAAAGAGAAGAAGAAACCCUUGAAGCAAACGAAGCCGUCAGGGCCAACGGCACAGGCAAAAGCCGUUAAGGUUCAGAAGAAGCCUAGCCACCUUGGCUUCAAGGCUACGAAGCCUGCAGCUAGGAAAUUUAAAUUCCCAGCAAUGAACAAGUUUAAGCAAAAGGUCUUAAAAAGUCCAUUUCCCAAGAAAGGGGGCGCUUCCGCUGACAAAGAGGUUAAAACCGGCUGGUCGCCGUGGCGCGGCUCGAAUUGGGAAACUAGGAAGAAGAGGAUUUGGAAAAAUUCGCCGGCGUUGAACGAUCCAUGA